AUGGCUGAACCAGUUGAGGUCAGCAAGACCUUGCCAGAGCGGCUCAAGGAGAAAGUGGAGAAUGUUGUGGCAGACAAGAAACCCAAGAAAGAAAAGGCACCCAAACAGCCCAAACCCCCCAAGCAGCCGAAAGCGCCGUCAGAGAAGCCUUCCAAAGCAGUCAACCCAACACCUUCGGGCCCAGCAGACCCGACUGCUAUGUUCAAGGAGGGAUGGCUUGCGGCUGUGCGAAAGGAACGGCCACUAGAGGAACCCGUUGUAACUCGGUUUCCACCAGAGCCUAACGGCUAUCUUCAUAUUGGUCAUAGCAAAGCGAUCGCCAUCAACUUUGGAUUUGCAAAGUUUUAUGGCGGCAAGUGCAAUCUUCGGUACGAUGACACGAACCCAGAGGCCGAAGAAGAAGUCUAUUUCACCGCCAUCGAGGACAUUGUGCGGUGGCUUGGUUUUGAUCCAGCGCUCAUCACGUACUCGAGCGAUUUCUUCGACCAACUCUAUGCGUUGGCGGAGAAGCUGAUCACCCUGGAUGGCGCAUAUGUGUGUCAUUGCACCGACGAAGAACUCAAGGAUCAGCGGGGUGGAACCGACCCGAAACACAAGCACGAAAGAUACGCUUGUCGGCAUCGAGAUCGACCUAUCGAAGAAUCGCUGGCUGAGUUCCGAGCAAUGAGAGAUGGCAAGUACCGACCCAAGGAAGCCUUCUUGCGGAUGAAGCAGGAUCUCACAGAUGGCAACCCACAGAUGUGGGAUCUUGUUGCAUACCGGGUGUUGGAUAAGCCACAUCACCGCACUGGCGACAAGUGGAGAAUCUACCCUACUUACGAUUUCACACACUGCUUGUGUGAUAGUUUCGAAGGGAUAACCCAUUCCCUCUGCACCACGGAGUUCAUCCUCUCCAGGGUGUCCUAUGAGUGGUUGAACAACAAAGUGGAUGUACCACAUAAGCCAAUGCAGAGAGAAUAUGGUCGACUCAACAUCACAGGGACAGUACUUUCGAAGCGAAAGAUCAAGAAGUUAGUGGAUGAGAAGAUUGUCAACGGGUGGGAUGACCCAAGACUAUACACCCUUGUCGCAUUAAGAAGGCGAGGUAUUCCCCCGGGAGCAAUCUUGUCUUUCGUUAGUGAGCUUGGAGUCACCACUGCGACCAUCAACAUUCAAGUCAAACGGUUCGAACAGUCGGUCCGUAAAUACCUGGAAAUGACAGUACCUCGUCUCAUGCUCGUUCUAGAUCCAAUUCCAGUCAUCAUUGAGGACCUGCCGGACAAUCACUAUGAAGAGCUAGAGAAUGCGUUUGGACCAAAGGAUGUAGACAUGGGUUCUCACAAGUUGCCCUUUACCAGAAAGGUGUACAUCGAAAGAGAUGAUUUCAGGGAAGUUGACAGCAAAGACUUCUUCAGGAUGGCUCCAGGGAAACCAGUGGGAUUACUGAAAGUACCCUAUCCGGUGGUUGCAACAAGCUUCAAGAAGGAUGAGUCUACCGGCUUGGUCACAGAAAUUCACGCGAGGUUCGAGAAACCUGAAGAGGGCGAGAAGGUCAAGAAGCCAAAGGCAUACAUACACUGGGUUGCUGAUGCGCCUGGACAUGGUUCGCCAGUCGCAUGUGAAGUUCGCGUUUUCAACCCCCUCUUCAAGUCAGACAACCCUGAUGCAGUUGAGCCAAGUUUCAUGGCAGAUCUCAACCCAGACAGCUUGAAAGUCUAUCCCAACGCGAUGGCCGAGGUCGGCUUGAAGGAGAUUCGAGAGCGAGCACCAUGGCCGGAAGAGGCCGGGGAGAAGAAGGACAAUUGUGGCUUUGAAUCGGUCAGAUUCCAGGCAAUGAGGACUGGAUACUUCUGUCUUGAUCCUGAUACGACGGGGGCAGGGGGUAAAGUGGUGCUGAAUCGAAUCGUCAGUUUGAAAGAGGACGCUGGAAAGGCAGCAUGA